GUCGUGCAUUACUUUACGACACCAUGUGAUUUUCGGCAUGUUAUCGACGUGAUCGCAAGCAUCUGCAUAUAGUUUAACACAUACAAAAACGACAGUUGAUAACGUGACGCGGAGACUGUAUGUCACAAACAUAUUUUUGAAUUUUGGAAAAGGGCGCCGGGGUGUUGCACUCUGUGGAUUCUGCUAACAAGACAUCCAGCCACCGCAUGAUGCAAGAAGGGGCAGCCAACACGACAGACAAGACGUCGUCUGACAGGGGGCUCCUGUAGCCCCACCCAUGCCUGUGAUCCCCAUCCCUCGGCGGGUGCGCAGCUUCCAUGGCCCCCACACCACCUGCAUGCACUCAGCGUGCGGAGCGGCACAUCCCACCAAGCUGGUGCGCAGCAAGUACAACAACUUUGAGCUUUACGGUCGCUCACGCUGCAUCUACAGUUUCCUGCGCUUCCUGCUCUACUUCGGCUGCAGCCUGCUCACAUCCCUCCUCUGGGUGGCGCUGUUGGCACUCUUCCUCACGCAGUACGUAGGCGUGCGUGCCCUCCUGCGCCUGCAGUACAAGUUGUCUGUUAUCCUCUUCCUGCUCGGCCACAGACGCCUGGACUUCGGCGUCGUCAAUAACCUGUUCAUCUACAGCAUGCAGAUCACCAUGUUCAUGGUGGGUGGGCUUGGAUGGUGCUUCAUGGUCUUCGUGGACAUGUAGCUGGGAUGAAAGUGAGGCUCCGAGAAUUUGAAACACGGUCCAAUCCAGAUACUUUGGGGGCAGCUGGAAAUGUUCAGCAUUGCAAAGCUUGGUGGUUUUUCACCAGUUGUUUGAGUGUCAAAAAGUACCACUUCUGUCACUUUAACGUGUUUGCGGACUACAUGCUUUGAAGAUUUUUGUAACAGUUCCUCUGAGGUUUUUGGAAUUGCAUGUUGGACUGCUCAAAUGCUCUCAAAAGGCCUGAAGUUGUUCACCAGUGAACCCACUGAAUGUCAAAUGGAAAAAAAAGAUUUUACGUGCAUUAAAAUGGAUUCUUAACUGGAAUUAAAA